AAGCGAACGAAGAUAUAAUCCGCGGUCAACCCACCUGGACGCGAAUCAAACUCCAACAAAACCACCCUGCUGUCCUUCGCCACCGCGAAUACUACCACGUUGCACCUGCUUCGUACCACCGGUCUUCCAAGCACCGCGUCGAAUAAUCAUCCAUGGCAAAAAAACGCAAGAGCAAGGCCAAGCACUACGCGUCGUCGGGACCGUCAGAGGCACCAGCCGCGCCCCCACCGCUGCCCGCACUUGAUGUGCCCGCCUUCGCGCUGACCGCCAUCGUCGUCGAGGACAAGAUGUCUGUUUCGCCUCCACCGUACCGCGUUCCCGAAGAAGCCGACGAAGGGGAAUGGGAGCUGCCGGGUCGCAAUAAGAAACCGAAGAAAGAAAAGUCCGAGAAGAAACGGAACUACCCAGAAUUUGUGGUGUCGCCGCAAAAGCUGAGAAGGCAGGUGCAGCUGCACGAUAUUCAGAACCUGGUUCUGUGGUUAGCGGCGGAUGCAGCUGCGCCGCAGUGGUUGCUUGUGAGGCAUAAACCGGCGAUCCGAAGGCUGGUAGUGCUUAUGGUGUCGGGGUUGACGAUGAACAUGUUUGACGGAAACCUGGACCUGGUGCCAGAAGGCCAUUCGCCGUCCGAUCAGGUCGUACCUGCCAGCGGAACAGCAGAGGAAUUCUUCCCCAGUACACUUGAUUCGGAAAAGCUUGCACCGUGUCUCCGGGGGAUGGCAGAUAUGUUCUCACACGUCUGGCCUAUCAAAGCCUCCGGCGAUGACCGCGCCAAUAGGAUGCAUUCGCCCGUGGGUAACUUUCUCACUGCGCCGCUUCCGAAGAAGACCGAUGUCGUCAAGGAAACUCCGUCCGCACCCAAACAGCUGAAGGUCAUACAGCUCUUGAUGACGCUGGCCGAGCUUGUCGAGAAUGAGUACCCUCUUCAUUCUUCACAACUGGAGGAAGUGCGUAUGAGUAUUGGCGAGGAGGAGACAGACGAAGAUCGGGAUCUGUUGGAGAAGAGGACAUCGGAGGGCUGGGUGGAAACAGAUAUCUCGAAAGGAAACGGCGAAGACAAGAACCAAGCUGGCUCUAUCCUCGAUGGAAAGACCGUCUACUCCCUCGACUGUGAAAUGUGCCAGACCGAGCACGGCCUCGAGCUCACACGAAUCAGUAUCCUGAACUGGGACGGCAAAUCAAUAUACGAAACCUUUGUUAAGCCCACAAAUGCAAUCACCGAUUACCUCACCGUAUACUCAGGCAUUACCAAGGAGAAACUCGAGAACAUCUCGACAACACUAGCAGACGUCCAGGCCCACCUCCUUACUCUCUUCAAUCGCGACACCAUCCUCGUCGGACAAUCCCUCAACUCCGACCUGGUAGCCAUGAAAUUCGCCCACCCGCACAUCAUCGACACUUCCUGCAUCUAUCACCAUACCCGGGGACCACCCUACAAACCCUCAUUGAAAUGGCUCAGUCAGCGCUUCCUCAAGCGCGACAUCCAAAACACCGGACCAACCGGCCACGACUCAGCCGAGGAUGCACAGGCUUGUCUCGAUCUGCUCAAACUAAAAAUCGAAAAAGGUGAAAAGUUCGGUACCAGCGACGAAAACCGCGAGAGCAUCUUCAAACGCCUCACCCGAGCACCGUACGGGAAAAAGGCCGCAAUGGUAGACUACUCCGAUCCCAACAAAUUCUACGGCGCCUAUGCAACUUCCACCCUUGACGCCACCAACGACGAUGAAGUCGUUAAAAAUGUAGGCAAGUGCGUCAACGGCGAUAUGGAAGCCGGACUACCAGCGAUGGACUUCACGUGGGCGCGUCUACGCAGCCUUGAGACUGCACGCUGCUUCAGCGGCUCUAACAGCAAAUCCACCGACAUUGACGGCCCGCUCCCGGAAGUCGUUCGCGACCCACCGAAAGAAGUCUUGAUCGAAAGCGUUCAGGAAACGGUAACGAGGAUCCGGCAGAUUUAUGACGCCCUGCCGAAAUGUACCGCGUUCGUGGUGUACUCGGGGACUGGAGAUCCGAGACAGUGGAGAUGUAUGAAUGACCUGCAGAGGAGGUUUAAGGAGGAGUAUAAAGUGCGCAAGUGGGAUGAGCUCGGCGUCAAGUGGACGGAUGCCGAGGAUCAGAAGUUGAAGAAGUCAUUGAGUGCAGCGAGGAAUGGGGUUGGAUUUAUGGUUGUUAAGUAGCUAGUUGGUUUUUGGAGAGUGGGAGCUCUACUAUCGGAGGAUGGUAUGAUACAUGCAUGUCUGGAAUAUUUUCGAAACAAAGAUGAUUUUUCUCGAUAUAGUAGAGUUCACGAAUCAGUUACAAUCUAGCCUGGUAAUCCGAGAACAGGACGACGUUUUUGUACCC